AUGCCACCAAUUCACACAACUGUAUGGACCAUCUGUCCGCUUCCAUUGUUGACAUGUGGACAUCCAAGAAGAGCCUAUUAUUCUGAGGCAUCUGGCCCAGGUUGGUACCGGUUAGGCCGAAGUGGUAGUCAACUUCGGAUCACGGCGAGGUUGCGCAAUGGACCCUUUUCUCCUCAAGCCUCUUUUGGUAUCUGCUCGCUUCAACCGGAGCCCAACAGCUGCACAUCGAACGGACUUAAAGGGUCACAACGGCUUCAUUUUAGCCCAAACCUCAGCUCAAUUAUCAGAGGUAUGAAGACCAAGAUGGUGUGGUCAGUUGAACCGUCGACGUGGUACAUUCCCAAAUGUUUCGCCGGCAUCGUCAGUGAGUCUCGUCAUUCUCAGCACAACACAACAACUCGUCAAGGAGACAAGUGA